AGAAUGCUGAACGUAAGGUAUUCCCAAAUCGUGGUCGUGGUAACUCUAGGUGGAUCGUACAGAAAGCAACAGAUGGGGGAGUUAUUCAGAUUUGGAAUUGUAUUCGCCUCGCUGGUAAUACGCUUAAAAUCGCAGAAAAUAGCAUUUCAGAAUGUUGUAGCGGAAAGCGAAAUACCGCCGGUGGUUGGUGUUGGAUGUAUUAUGAAGAUUAUAUACCACAGGAUCCUAACGAAGAAUGGAGAGAAAUAGAAUAUAAAUUACGAAAGUUCAAAGUUUCAUCUCUAGGAAGAAUUCAGUUAACGAAUGGUGCAAUCACCCAAGGAUCAUUAUACGAAGGAUAUUUUCGAUUUAACCAAUGCUAUAUUCACCGUUUGGUAGCAUUAGCGUUUUGUUCAAAAGAAGAAGGCAAAAAUUGUGUAAAUCAUAUUGAUGGUAAUCGUACCAACAAUAAAGCAUCCAAUCUCGAAUGGUGUACACAAAAGGAAAAUACUCAACAUGCCGUGUGUCUUAAGCUUUGGGGUCACUGUCGCAAACGUGCUAUCAAGCAGAUUUUCGAUGAUGGAUCUUUCCGAGAAUUUCUAUCCUUAGCUGAAGCACAACGCAUAACUGGAAUUAAAAGUCAAAAUAUCGGACUAGUGUGUCGAGGACUUCAAGCUCAUGCUGGAGGAUAUCGUUGGGA